AUGACAUCUUCUGCGUCAGAACCACUACCGCCUUCGUCAAUCACCACAAUCGCAACUAUGUUGGAUGUUGGUGAAGCCUCACAGAGUAAGAGUAUAAGUAAUAAUGGUUCUGCGGAUGGAUCAGAUAGAGGGAGAUCACCCAUUAUGAACCCCGCAGCACACCUAGAACAUCUCCGUUCGUCCUCUCGGACUCCCACUUCUGCAGAGAUAGAUGCAGUUAUAGCUGCUGCUAUGGCUAAUGCCCCGCCUCCUGUACCUGUACAACCUGAGUUUCCAGAAACGAGUAUAAAUAGAUCUGUUACACCGCUCAUGACGAAUCUGUUACCUUCUGCUGUGGGCGUAGAUGGGAGAGUAAACUUGUUUGUAGGCAAUCUACCAUAUAGAGUACGUUGGCAGGAUUUGAAAGAUCUCUUUAGAAAAGCUGGAACAGUGUUACGAGCAGACGUGAGCUUGGGACCGGAUAACAGGAGUAGGGGAUAUGGGACUGUCUUAAUGGGAAGUAGGGAAGAUGCCGCUCGAGCGAUAGAUCGCUACAAUGGAUACACUUGGCAAACACGUACACUCGAAGUACGACCUGAUCGUUUACCACCCGAAUACGAACCUCAGACUCAUGCACCUCAUCCUCAUCGUCCGGGAGUAUUCCCAUAUCACUCGAGUGGACAUCCUCCCUUCCCCAUGUCCGGUCAUCUAACUCCGCAAUCCAAUUGGAUACCAGGUCAAGGACGCCCUCCUUUCCCGGGUCAUACAGGCUCUCAUGGAUUGCUCGUACCGGGAUUAGGACCUAGUCCGGUCGCUCCUCCAAUGACAUUAAGUGGAUCUUCACCCAUUCCAUCUUCUCAAUCACCUUCAUCUAUAUACCCUUCUUUAUCCCUUCCACUCAGCGUACAGAAUACUGGCGGUCAUGGUCAUCAUGGUGGACAACCUUAUCCACCAUUGGUAGCUUCCCCUCUUGCAGGAUCGUUGUCAGCAGGUACCACACCCAAUACGCAUACUUCACCUGAUCCUAAUCCUACUAUACCUUUACCGAGAAGUACCUCGCCAAACCCCAAUCCUACAUCUCGUCCAACAUCAAGUCACAGUAAAACCACUUCGCCAGCUAAGGGAGAUCGAGCUCCUCCACCAGGUACUCUAGGCCCAUUGCCCCCUCCACCAUUCGCAGCUAUCAAACCGAUUGUCUCGCCCACAACGUCCAAUCCAGGACUUGCGCCGUCCGCUUCGUCCGUCAGUGCAGAAAGCUUAGGUCCAAGUCCACCGGUUAUCCCCCGCGUGCCGAUCGCUCCCAUACCUCAACUUGAGGGUUUGGCACAUCAGGGUCUGGGUCUGGGCCCACCAGAGACUCUGCAUGAUAGGGUGAUCUUCGUUUCUAACUUACCUUUGUCUAUACAGUGGCAAGACUUGAAAGAUUUGCUUCGACCAGCAGGAACGAUCAUUAGAGCGGACGUCGCUACCGAUGCUCAUGGCCGACCUAGAGGUUUCGGUACGGCUCUAUUCGCUUCUGAAGGCGAUGCAGCUAGAGCAGUGACGAUGUUCAACGAAUUGGAAAUUCAAGGUCAUUGUAUACGCGCUCAUCUCGAACGGGACUCGAUGACCGAGCAUUCUCACUCUAAUGGACCAUCCCCCGGUCGAGAUGCUUCAGCUCUAGGAUUUGCUCAUACUCAGACACCUCCGCAGUCGCAUGAGCCUUCCAUUUCCGCAACACCGCCGGUACGAUCGAAUUGUGACUCGGCUGAGGUCUUGGCACCUAUAGAUACUUCUGCUGGACCUGCUGCGACGCCACAAAAGAGCGUGGAGAGCUCCCUUGCAACGAAAUUACCUUGGAGCUUGAACACAUCAUUACAGCAUCAGACACCUGGUCGGCCUGGACCAGGACCGGGUCCAAAUCAUCAAACUCCAGGCAAACAUCAACAUACACCUAAUUUCCGUCAACUUCAUCAUCCCGGACCUAUCUCAAUGCCACCUUUCCCGCCCAUGCAGAACGACAAUCCCUUAUCACCUUUGCAAACCCGUGGUCUACCACCCAUGACUCCCUCGAUGCCUGGAUUCGUGUUCAACGCUCCUGUCUAUCCUGAAACUCCACCUAUCCAUCAUGGAUUUGGUGGGAUGUCGAACGAUAACUUUGGACCUUUCUCACCUGGUAUACCUGUGACUUCACCUAACGCAUUUGGUUAUAAUCCCUUUUCCGCACCUGGAGCACCGAUCAGAUUCCCUCAAUCUCCUCAUCCACAUCAGUAUCAGGGAAGUGCGGUGUUGGGCACACCUACGACUCAGUCUUUCCCCAUUCUCAAUGGUAAUCAACAAUCACAGGGGAGUAUAUCGCAGACUCUGAAUCAGGAUUAUUUCCCACCGAUAGGUAUGGCUAAUAAUAUCCCUGAUACACCUACCCCGAAAUUAAGUGGGAGAGCAUCUGUUGGAACGGCAAGUAAUAAUAGUAGUAAUGGGAAUCCAUUGAAUGCGAAAGAGAGAUUAGCAUCAACUGCAUCUCAAGAUGAAGCUUUGAUAGAAGCUGCGAAUAAUUUGACUUUAGAUGGAAAUAGAAAAGAAAGUCCAGAUAGUCCAAGUGAAAUGAGAAGGACUUUAACUAGUAAUAGUAACAGCAAUAACAAUACUCACUUACAAGCUGGAGAUAAGAAUGAUAACGAUGAUGUGAAAGGUAGGAUAAGUCUUGAUGGGAAAAGACCCACCUCGUUGUUGGAUCCUACGACGAGUUUGGGCAAGGGGGAUAUCAGAAGAGCCAGCUUUGAUGAUUCGACGAGAUGA